AUGUGCUACCAAGUCGUUGAGUUAUACUCGGCAUGCAAGUGCCUGUACUACAAGCACGCCGUCGACCGAUGUGUUUCCUAUGGACGCAAGGGCCAUUACACGGAGCAGCGAACCAUCUACGUGGGAUACGCUUGCGCCGUCCACACAUCAAGCUACAGCCAACCGUCUGGCAACUACUCAUACUCAGACUCUGGCUAUUACAGCGGCCGGUCACACACGAGCUAUCGGGUUUCUGAACUCGCUCAACCCAUCGCAGCUUUCGCUGUUGUUUGCGAGGUAGUCAUUGCCACCACUCCCUCUUCUCCCCCCUUUGGCCCAAUGCUACGAUGGGCUGGGGGGGAAGGGAUUGACGAAAUUGUCGGACCGCACGCUCACAUUGGCCCGCACGAAUAA